AUGAUGACUUCUCUUGAAAUGGAACCCUGGUGUCUGCGUAUUUGCCAAGAAUUCGAUGAGUUUUGUGUUAAAGUUGAAGAUAAAAUUAAUAAACAGCAGCAACAGUUAAAGGCAUGUAGAAAAAUAACUGAACUCAAAAAUAAGUUGGCUCUAGAAGAAAAAUUAAAAAAAGAAUUAACACAGCAACUAGCAGAACUGUCCCGUCGAGAUGGUGAGUUAGAAAGAGUUUGUGCAUCAUUUGAGUCUCGGCUGACAAUUGCUGACAGUGAUCAAACCAGAUUAGACAAUGCAAAGGAAUUGUAUCAGUUGGCAAAAGAGCUGACUGGUAUUCGUCUUGACUUCAGCGCCCCACCAAAUAUUGCCAAAGGCUUUAUCAAAAACAAAGCCCGCAGAUUGCUAUUGCCAUUCUCUAUGGAGAUAGACAGUGAUGCUUUAUGGGAGCUCAUGAGGACCACCGCAGACCCUACAUGGCCAGAUAAAGAGAAUCAUAAGCCUAAU